UUUCUGCGAGUCGAAGUUGAGCGUAAUUGUUUAGAUUUUUUGUUCUCAUUUUAGGAAUAUCAGCACGUGCAUGAUACAGAAUCCACAUACAAGUGUGCAUUGUAACUCCAAGAACAUUUACAAGGCUGAAUUGCGAAAAAUUUGCCAUACACAAUAUACGCGCCUGUUAUAACUAUUAUAGUGUAUGUACUUGUAAGCGCGGGAAAAGUGCAAAAUUGUGCGAGGUGUGCAAGUGCUUUUGCGGUUACAUUGGGGUGAUUAUAGCAUAAUCUGUAGGUUGUAUUAGGAAUAGGCAAGAUAAUUAAAAUUGAGGAAGUACAUCCAACAUGUUCUACUUGAUCGGAUUAGGACUUGGUGACCCAACUGACAUUACAGUAAAGGGCCUUGAAAUCGUUAAGCGCUGUGCUCGAGUUUACCUGGAAAUGUAUACUUCCAUACUUGGAUGUCCGCAAGAAGAAUUGGAAGCCUUCUAUGGACGGCCUCUUUUGUUAGCGGAUCGUGAUCUAGUAGAACAAGGUGCCGAUGAGAUAUUAACGGGUGCUGGUGAGGAAGACGUGGCUUUAUUAGUCGUUGGUGAUCCAUUCGGCGCAACCACACAUACAGAUUUUAUACUUCGAGCUAAAGAGAAAAAAAUACCCUACAAGGUCGUACAUAACGCAUCCAUUAUGAACGCUAUUGGUUGCUGUGGUCUACAACUUUAUAAGUUUGGUGAAACGGUGUCGAUACCAUACUGGGAUGAAACAUGGAAACCAGAUAGCUUUUAUGACAAGAUCAAAUUGAAUAGGCUGCAUAAUAUGCAUACACUGUGUUUGUUAGACAUCAAGGUUAAGGAGCCAACACCAGAAUCGCUCAUGCGUCGGCGAAAGGAAUAUCAACCGCCACGUUUUAUGACCGUGGCUGAAGCUGCACAACAGUUGAUGACGAUAGUCGACAAAAAAGAUGCGUUGGAACGCAAUACAAUUUUAAAUGAGCUAUCGCUAUGUGUCGGACUUGCUCGAGUUGGUCACGAUAGUCAAAAGAUAGUUGUAAAUACAUUACGAGAAAUGAGUCAAACUGAUCUCGGCAGUCCGUUGCAUUCAUUGGUGAUACCUGCGAAGGAAAUGCACCCUCUCGAAGUGGAAUUCUUGCAACAAUAUACCACAUUGAAGUUGGAGGACUAUAAUCACUGAAAAAAGUCUUUGGUACAUAGAAGAUUUUUUGAACUUACAUAUGUUCAUCUAAAGAAUAGCAUUGUGAUUAUAUAUUUUCCAAUUACAAAUCUUCUCGUACCGCAGCUGUUAAUAUGUAAAAACAAUUAAAAUCAGAUCCUCUUAAAUGUAAUUAAAUAUAAGAAAAUCAAUAAUUGAAUGCUAUUAGAUGGCAAUUCAUUUAGUUGUUUUUUAUAAUUAUGUGUCGUAUACGACGAAAAAUGUUGUGCAUUUGUUUAAAUUAAUUUAUGUAAGCCUAAACCUAUUGAAAGCACUGUUUAAAUAGAGGGAUCUUUCCUAUCUUCUCUGUAUAUUGUAAUUGAUUAAAGGAGGAAGAUUUUCCUAUAAAAAAUAUCAAA